AUGGCUUCCAAACUCCAUCUCUACCACACCCCAGGCUCCUGCUCGCUAGCCACACACAUCGCACUCAACGCUGCAUCCCUCAACUUCGAGGCCACAAAUCUCAAUGCUGCACGGGGCUUCCCCGAGUCCCAGCUACAUCUCAACCCCAAGGGCCGCGUCCCAAUCUUGGAAGUGGAUGGCGAGUUGAUCACCGAAACACCUGCUAUUCUUACCACUAUAUCUGCUCUGUGCCCUGAGAAGAAUCUGCUGGGAAAGGGCGUAAUAGAGCAGGCAAGAGCUCAAGAGUGGAUGGUGUGGCUGUGCGGAACACUGCAUGGCCAGGCAUUUGGAUGCGUAUUUCGACCUGCGCGCUUUGUCAAAGAUGAAACAAUGUAUGAUGGCGUACGUUCAAAAGGACGAGACCAUGUCAAAGAGUGUUUCGAGUAUAUUGAGAAAAGGCUGGAGGGGAGGAACUGGGCGGUUGGGAACGACUUUACCGCCGUCGAUGCGUAUCUGCUCGUGUUUUACCUGUGGGGAAACCUACUGAAAAUGGAAAUGCGGCAUAACUACCCCAGCUAUGCGGAUCUGAUGGAUAAUGUCAUAAAACAGGAAGAUGUGAAAAAGACCAUUGGAAUCGAAUGCAUAAGCCCCCUGAAUGAGUGAGUAGAUCAAGCAAGGGCGUAUGAAAUCAGGCAGAGAAAG